AGUGUAGGUAAUUACUUACUCAGCUCCACUCGCUCACAGCGGUACCGAUACAACCAGUAGGAGGAGUGCGGAGCCGACAAGCUGCUCCUAUAUUAUCUGCUGUCGCCCUAUAGCGCCUCAUGUUUCCCAGAGUCUCUAUUCUGUUCAACUUGCGCAGUCGAGGAUCGUCUUGUUCAUUGCACGUUUCCAUUCCCAGUCCCCACGGAACCAAACCCUGCUGGCAAGAAAACCAUGACUUCCAAACAUUGGGUGCUGGGGUGCCUGAUCGUCCUAUUGCUGUUCCUGCUUGUGUUCUUUAUACAGAACACACAGUUUGGGUUUCAGGAGAAACACUGUCAAAGGAAACUGCUGGAUGGGAAAGACAAAAGUCGGAAAGCUGCACUCCAAAUCCUCACUCCCUGGCUUGCACCUAUUAUAUGGGAUGGAACAUAUGACCUUUGGAUUUUAAACAACCAAUUUAAGGGUAAAAGGAUUGGCCUGUUUGUGUUUGCGGUGAAAAGGUAUAUUGGAUUUCUCCUCCCAUUUUUGGAAUCAGCAGAACAUUAUUUUAUGGUUGGUUACAAUGUAACAUAUUAUGUAUUCACGGACAAUAUUUCGGCUGUGCAGAAAGUACGUCUGAGUAAUGGACGCAUUUUGAAGGUGCUGAAGGUUGAAGCUGAUAAACGUUGGCAGGAUAUUUCAAUGAAGCGUAUGCAGAUCCUGGUUAACUUGACCCAUGAUCGGCUGCCAAAGGAGGUGGACUACUUAGUGUGUGCUGAUGUGGAUAUGGUAUUUAAUGACCAUGUGGGGGCAGAGAUACUUGGGGAUCUGGUGGCCACUAUACACCCUGGAUACUUCCUUGCUGAACCUCGUCAGUUUACUUAUGAACGGAAUCCAGCAUCAGCAGCCUAUAUACCAUAUGGAGAAGGGGAUUUCUACUACAUGGCAGCUUUUUAUGGAGGGACAGUGGAAGAGAUUAAUAAACUUAGCACUUUUUGUCACAAUGGCAUUGUUGCUGACAAGAAAAAGAACAUUGAAGCUGUGUGGCAAGAAGAAUCUCAUCUAAAUAAGUAUCUUGUUUAUAAUAAACCCACUAAAGUGCUAUCUCCGGAAUAUAUCUGGGAUACUAACUUGCCUAACGGUGAUCUGGUGAAAAAGAAAAGAUUCCUGGCUGUGCACAAGAAUCACAAAGAAAUCAGGAAUUAAAGCUCAAAAGUGCUCAGAGCAGUUCUAAAUUAGUGGACUGUGGCAAUGAAAAAGACAAAAAUUGUCUGCCCUGGUACCUACAUUUUUGCCUGCUUUGACACAUACUAGUACUAGCAACCCAACAUCCUUCCUGCCACAAAACUGAUGAUUUUAGUACAAUGACAGAAGUGACAAAAUGAUCAGGUUGUGUAAUUCACAAAACUGUCUUAAUAUUCAUUCCUAAGGCGAUUUGCCUGCAUAAUCAGACAGGCUGUCAUUGUACUUAAUGGAAAAUGCUUGAAACCACAGUGUACUUGCAGUUUGGGCGACUGUAGCUUGGAAACAUGGACACUGAGUUCAACAGGUAGGGAUUUUGUUGCGUGUCUGCCAAGCUGUUAAAUGCUGAAGUGCCACCAUGAUAUCCAAGAAAAAGCAAAACAAGGCUGGCUAAAAUACUAUCUACCUUCAUGGAAGGGAAUAUGAAGUUGUCUCAGUUCACAAAAUAUUGCCCUUACGGUAUUCUUAAUAGAACAUUUUGGUGCACAAUACUUUGCUUGCACCUAAACUUCCAAAUAAAGUACUUAAAGGGAUUCUGUCUGGAUUUUUAUGGUUUCAUUUUUAUUACUAAAUUACACUGUGGACAUUGCAAACUAUUCAAACUGCCAUUUAAAAUGUUAUUCUUGACACAACAAUUGUAUUUUAAGCUGUAAUAUUGUGAUGUGCAUUGUGCUUGACCAUGAGCUUUCAUAAAAAGCCAGCACUGUAAAAUGCAACUGCUUUUAGGUAAGCUAUUGUUUCUCCUACCCAUGGCCAGACUUGUGUGUUUAACUAUUGAGUGCUAUUCUCAUAUCUACCACUAAGUGACGGGGAGCUGUUAUCCUGUUCCAUUGUUCUGUUGAUCGGCUGCUAGAGGGGCGGGGGGGGAGCAAUAUCACUCCAGCAUGCUGUGCAGCAGUAAUGAGUGACUGAAGAGUAUGAGAGCACAAGUCACAUGGAAACCUACGAAUAUGGCUCGCUCUACAUCAAAUUUUAAAAUGAAAUAUAAAAAAUUGUUUGCUCUUUUGCAAAAGGGAUUUCAAUGCAGGAUUCUGCUGGAGGAGUGAUAUUACCUGGUUUGUAAAAAAAAACAAACUUGUUUGCCAUGGCAGAAUCCCAUUAAAAACACAAUACAACACUG